AUGUACGGAGUUGCAGCGGCAGCGCUACAUGGCCAAGACGAAAACCCCUUGUAUCCACUUGGAGGUGUCAUUUGGUCCGGACUUGGGGAUGUUUGGCAGCCCCAUAUGUACGAGAACUGCAUCAGAAAACCAUACGACCCUCUAGGCGAACAAUCGAUUCCCAGCCAAGUAAAAGAUGAGAUCAUGUUUCGACCAGAGACGGUCCACGAGGAUAUUCUGAAGCUUACAAAGAAGCUUGACUCUCCGGCUCCGCUUGCUGAGCUUGAAAGCCUGCCAGCUUCGUGGCUACCUCACUGGAAAGAGGAAUGGGCUGCACAUGUAAAAGUCCCCGUCAUGCUCGCCAUGAUGGAACACGAGCCGUUCUUUGUGGUAUCUGAAGAACGGCUGAGAGCCUGUGCGGCGGCAUUUUCUACAAGUCCUCGUGUUGAUAGUAGUUUUAUCUGGGGUGCGCCUCACUGCAUGGAGUUGAGCUUUUGGUCGCAGGGCUGCAGCAUUAACUUUGGACUCGGUAACGAAGGGAGUGUUUAUAACAUUGAACACUUUCGACUUCUCGACAAUUUUGACUUGGUGGUGCGGUCAGGCACGGAUCCCGCUGGCCAGCAGCAGAGAAAGGAGUACAUGCAAACCGCGUUCAAGUUCCCGUUUCUUCUAGAUCAGAUGCUGGCCUUAUCCGCGGCACACAUGAGCGUCAACCAUACCGGAUCUGGAGCAGUUAAUGCCACCGAAGCUACAUCUCUACAAACACGUGCCCUCCAACAAUUCAAUCGCUUCCAGCCCGUGGAGAGUGAUUCUGAGGAACAACGCAAAGCCGUAUUUCUCUACUCCUCUCUGCUCAGUAUGCACGCCCUAUUCGACGCUCUAAUAACGUGUCAGUCAGACGAGCCUCAGAAGUUCCUCGACCGCUUUGCAUUUUACCUUUCUAUUUAA